AUCUUUCACUACUCUGAUGGCUGGAAUAAAGACUCCUAGAAACUUUAGAUUAUUAGAAGAAUUAGAGAAGGGUGAGAAAGGUAUCGGUGAUGGCUCUAUCAGCUAUGGAUUGUCAGAUAGUGACGAUAUAUCAAUGACAAACUGGAAUGCCACAAUAAUAGGUCCUGGACAUAGUACACAUGAGAAUAGAAUCUACACUUUAUCUGUUGAAUGCCAAAAAGAAUACCCUACUAAGCCACCUUUAUUGAAAUUUAUCAGCAAAAUUAAUUUACCAUUUGUUAAUAGUGCAAACGGUGAAAUUGACGUUAACAAGUUUAACACAAUAAAACAAUGGAAAGACAGUUACACUAUUGAGAAAGUGUUGCUUGAUUUGAGAAAGGAAAUGGCUGCGCCAGAUAACAGAAAGUUACCACAACCAAAGGAAGGAGAAUACUUUUAAUUUAGAUUGUAGCAAACUG